AUGCUGUCGCGUCUCUGCAGCACCAACAGCACAAAGGCCGUCGCCUUCCUGUACGGCGAAGAGCUCCUCUGCGCCGGUGUCGGGUCUGAGCUGCGGGUCUACGACAGUGCCUCGGAGUGCCCGGAAGACACUGACUCCUCACCGGGCUGCUCGAGGGGCGCCAGAGCCCGGUUUCGCGCGCGCGGAGAAACCUUCCCCACCCUGCAAGAGACUGAGGCGGAUGGCGAGAAGGCGCCGCCGCCAGGCGUGGGUACCGGCGAUGCCGGCGCCAGGCGGGCGUCGCGCGACAGUCUCGCGACGUCUAGUCCGCCGCAGCCCGGGCGGCCUGCGGCGCCGUCUUCGUCUUCUUCGCGCUUGGUUGCGAAUGCGCUCUUCGCGCCGUCGACGCACAUUCAGGGCCUCGCCACGUCGUCCCUGCGUGGACAGAUUGCUGCGUACGGGCUCGGGCGCCUCGUCCUUUACCAGUUGCAGUGGAGAGACGGUGGAGGAGUGGAGUCUCACGGCCGGAAAAAGCGAGAGCGGGAGGGGGUUGUCGAGCCUCCGAGCCCUGAGGCUCCGAGGGACGACGACGGCGCCCCUCUAGCUCGUGCGCGAGGGAGCUUGAGUGCGCUUUUCGAGCUCUCCUCGCCCCAGUGGAUUCUCGACGUCAGGAUCUUGGAGACCGACGCGGUGAGGCGUUCCGCGUGCCCCCUCCUGCUUGCAGGCUUCGCUCACGGCGGCGUCGAGUUGCUUGAUGCGGCCUGCGGCGCCCGCCUGGCUGCGUGGAUGUGCACUGACCGCAGUCUCCUCUACUCGCUGGCGAUCCAGGUGCCCGACUCCUCGGCGGCGACGAAGCAGGCCCCGGCUGAGGAGCCGGUGCGCGGACGCGGGGAGCUGCAUGCGCCGCGGGCGGCUGAAAAUGGAGCAGGAGGAGGAAACUGCGGAAGGCAGGGGGCAGGUGACGUGCUGGGCGAUGCCCACGAGACCUGUAGGCGACCAGCCGUGCCCACGACCCCUUCGGAGUCUUCCGUGACAAUUGCCAGCGGGACGGUCUACAGCAGCAUUCUCAUGUGGCGCGUGGAUCUUCCCGCGCGCUCCAGCCAUACACCUGCGGCGCCCUCGAGUGAAGGCGCCGAUCAGGAGGGCGCAGAAGGCAGCCCGCGGGCGAUCGCCGUCUGCUCAGACGCUUCCGACGCGCGAACGCAGUCUCCCCUUGGUGGGCUGUCUUGGGCAGAAACGGCGCACGUGAACCAGGUCGCGUCGCGCAGCGGCCGCGCAGACAAGCUGAUCGAUCCGAGUCAGAUUCUCAAAGGCCAUCGGGGAGUUAUCUUCAAGCUGAGGUUUUAUCUCGAAGGCAUGCUGCUGUGCUCUGCCUCGGAUGACCGCGAAGUCCGCGUCUGGUGGAGGUCGGCCUGCGAAGCAGCCCCAGGGGACGCGUCUGCGCUGCGCGGGCCUUCAGCUGACUGUAGUGAGCCUUUGCCGGCGCUCCAGGAGACGCAGAAGAUACCCGAGUAUUCGUGUGUCGCGACCCUGAAAGGCCACCGGUCGAGGGUGUGGGACAUCGCCCUCCUGGACCUCUCAGCUCGCCGGCCGAGUCGGUCGGGGGGCGUCUCCGCCGAGGACGCGAGACCUGCGGGCGCUCGUUCCUUCGAGGACGCCCUGCGAAGUUGUCUGAUUGUGUCUGCGGGCGAAGACUCCAGCUGCCGCAUCUGGUCGCUCCGCGGCGAAUUGCUCUACAGCCUGCUGGGGCACGCAGGGCGCGGCGUGCGCGCGGUGUGCACGCCGGAGCUCCCAAGUGCCGGUCGCUUGCCGUUGAUCGGCUCCGGCGGAGAGGACGGCGACGUGAAGCUCUGGUCUCUGGAGGAGUCGCCGUCUUUCCUUGGCACUCUGGAGGCGCACCUGGCGCAGUGCGACGACGCGGCUGCGCGCCGCGCAGCGGCGGGAAAGGUAUCAGGACUCAGUCCCCCGGCGGAGAAGGGCACGGCGCAGCCCCAGGCAUCCCCCCUCGAGGCGCGCCGCGAGGUCGUUUGGAACUCUCGUGAGGGAGGGCGGCGGGAUGAUUUUGUGCGCGAGGUUCGCCUCCUGCACAGCGACUCUGCGCUGGUCGCGACCAACUUUGGCCGCGUAUACUUCCUCCGUCUAAGACCCGACAGCUGCGGACCCGCCUCACGACACAAUGGAGUGGAAGGGCGUCAGGAGGCCUUGGCGGCGGAAGACCUUGCGCGUGCGAGCCACGGGGACUCCGCCGGUUCUGUCGCCGCGUUCCUUCUGGUCGAGGUGCCUGCAGUGCUCACGUGUCUGCGCGCCCUCGACGGGCUAGUCGCCGCGGGAUGCGCGGACGGAACGGCCUUCUGCUUUCGAUUUUUCCCCGACUCGGUAGCCGCCUUGCCCGGAGACUCUCGCGGAAAAGACCGGCGGCCUGCGGAGGGCUCAAACAUGAAGCCCGUCCUUCCUCGCCCGAGUCGGUGGCAGUGCUUCCGGCGCGCGCGGGUAGGGAAUCUGUUUCAAGUUGCUCUGCCGGCUUCCCGCGGCGAAGUCGCGCUUUUGCGCCUCCUCGGGCCCCUUGGCGGCCUCCACGCCGCGGCGAGGAGCUCCUUCUCAAACAGGAGCUACUGGAGUGAAGUCUGCGGCCGCGUGGCUCUGUCCGCAGACGGAAGCCCAUCGCGUUCCAAGCAGGAUGCUGUAAAAACGCCUGCUUCCGCCGCCUCUGGGCUCGAGGCGCCAAGCGCAGCGGGAGGCGCGUCCGGCCGCCCCUGCGCAUCCCCGCGACACGCCGACUGCGUGGAUUUCGAAGCCUCAGGCGACACAAUCCUCGUGGCAACUGAUCACGCGGGGCUGGUUUCACUGUGGCAUCUGUCGGGCGAGCGCAAAAAGGAUGAGCGCGAGGCCGUCGUCGAGUCUCGGCCCGAAGAAGCGUGUGGGAUGGACUACGCGUCUUUCCCCGAGGCGGAGGAGCUCUUGGAGCCGGAGGCCCCCGACUCGCAGGCGCCGCCGACCCAAAGCCGUGUUUCUGAAGGACGAGGCGACACGGAGAGCGUCUCAGCCUCCCCCGCUCGAGAGCCGAUGCCCGCCAAUCCCGCGGUGACGCCGAUCCAGACCGUUCAGCUGCCAAACGCUGGCGGAAAGCGCACGGACCCGUCGCGCUGUUUCUCUUGCCUAGGGCUGCUGUGCGUGGCGGACUCGUCGUGUGAGGCUCCCGCGGCGGAAGCAGGCGAUCUGGGUGUGACGCACGUUGGUCGUGAGGAGCUCGCGAUUCUUCUCGUCCUGGGCGACGAGACGGGCAGCUUGCAUGUGGUGCAAACUGUGGUGCCUGAGACUCCAGACUCGUCGCGGCAAGCCAGCGAGUCCAAGGCUGGAGGGCCUCGAGGAGGACGGGAGGCCGGUGAAAAGAGCCGCGUGAGGUGGGCGUGGUCGGCCGCACGAAGCAGGUUGGCUCACACAGUCCAGUCGGCGCACAAAGGCAAGAAAGUAUGGGACGUGGCAGCGCACGGAGAAUUCCUCAUUUCGUGUGGAGGCGACGGGACUAUUCUGUUUUUCCAAGUUACAAAGCAGGCGGAGGAGCCGUGCCAGCUCACGCAGAAGGGGGCUGAAGCGUCCGCAGGAGGCGGGGAGCUCGCCAUCGGCGCUAGGUUUCCAUUUUCGGUAACGAUCUCUGCAGUGUCGUGUGUCAAAGUGCCUCAGCUGACGUUCAUGCACUCUCUCGUUCCAACGGAGACGGCGCCUGCGUGGUGGUCUGUAGCCCGCUCCGCGGCCAGCGGUGACGCGGCUGUCUCGGGCGAUCCGCUGAGACACCACUGGCUCUGUGCCUUCCGGACUGCGGACUUUGUGCUGUUUGACUUUCGAACCUCGAUGGAACUGAUGCAUGUGAGAUGCGGCAACAGCCGCCGCCCACUCGAUUUCCACCGCGAGAACUCAAACAGGUACACCUUCGCGAGUGCGACGAAGCAUCUGCUGUACUUCCAUACCCGUGGUCGGAGCCCAGGCCUUUCUGCGCGGACGGAAACGGGGCUGUGCCGCACCCCUACGGCCUCGCGGAUGCCUUGUCUGGGCGAGCCGGGAGACCGCCCAGCGCGAGGCGGCGCAUGUACGCCGUCGCUCCAGGGACACGGGCAAGACCCAGCCACAGACAGCGAAGAUGAUCCCGGCGAAACAGGCGGGCUCGCCGCGCGAGGGUCGGACGAUCUGGUCUGUGGACACAAAGCGCUUGCCCUGAAGGAUGGGACAGGCGCAUUCCCCGUGGAAGACGAACGCAGGAGCGCGUCGUUCAAUCCAGGGUUUCACGGCAGGGAAGUCUGGUCAGCGUGUUGGCUAGACGACCGCACUCUUGCGACUGGCGGCGAAGACAACUCAGUCAAAAUCAUCAACCUGGUGGGCGAGGCGUGCGCAGAAGCUGAGGAAGAGUCGCGCGACGGGCUUUCUCGGCGAGAUAUAGCUGGAUGUCAAGGGGAUCGAAGCGCGGCUCCUCUCAGCGGCUAUGCAACGUCGGUGGUCCGCGGGUUCGCCAGUUUUGGCGAGCCGUCCCCUGGUGAGCGUAUCUGCCGUAGGCCGCCCAGGCCCUGGCGGCCGCGGUGGCGUCUUCAGGUACUUCAAACCGCAGUGCAUCACGCGGCAGCGGUGCGCGUGGUGCGCCUGCUGACGUGCCUUUUUCCAGCGGGGGCCUCUCACGAAGCCGAGGCCGUGCCGCGGAUCUUAGUGAGUGUUGGGGCCUGCGACAUGGUGAGCCUCUUCUUUGUCCCGCCGUCGGGCUGCACUGAGGAGGACGGAGGCAGGCUAGGCUCGAGUUUGAGCAGAAACUCGCUCCUCAUGCGCCACUUGCUCUCCGCGAGGCUCUCCGAACGAGGAAUGGGAACAGACGUACGCCUGAACGGAGUCGACGGCUUUCUGGAGCACCGCUGUGCCUCCUUUGAAACAGGGCCCCGUAAUAACGCGUCUUUUUCGGCGAAGGAGCCAAAAGUUUUGACAGCGCAUCUGUGGACUGCUGCGUCGGCCGCCGAAGUCGCGUAUCUCCGCGCGACGGUAGACUAUGCGGCUGCCGAGGAUUUCAACGCCCUCGCAGGCCGCGACAAGGACAGCAAAAACCUCCUGGAAAAGCGUGCGUAUGCCCCCUUGGAAGGCGCCGCACUGUGCGUGCGCACAGUCGUUUUGGACAGACUUGGCAUGCUUCCCGCGUCACAGAGAGAUACCCAAGAUGAUAUCCACAGGCCCGAACCAGCCGAAGCUCGGACUGUCCUGAUUCUUGUAGGGAUGACAACGGGCGAGAUUGCCGUGUUCGUGGGGGGCACUUCGGAAACGCGACUACACCUCCAGCGCAUGUCGACUCUGAAAGCUCACCAGUGCGGCGUUAACGACCUGGAAGUGACUGAGACGGAUCUUUCCGGCGCGUCUGCGUUGGCGAGCAACAGUUCUUCGAGGGUGCGGGGGGAUUCUUCUCCGGCACCUGCGGAGAGCCACAGCAGCAUUUCUCGCCGUUUCUGCGUCGCGUCGUGCGGAGACGAUCAGUCGGUGACCAUCCAGUUUGUUGGCGUAGAGUACGAUCCGGGCAGCGCGGCCGCGUAUUCGCUUCGCGUGUUCUCAGCUUGCCGCGUGGAAAACGCCCAUGCAUCAUCCGCGAGAAGCUGUACGCUUUUCUUUCCCCUGUUAUUCACUGUAGGCUGGGACCGGUGGGUACAGGUGUGGAACAUCGCUGAAUUAGCGCGAUCCAGUGGCGGGGAAGCACCUGACACUAACCCAGCUGCCCUACUUAACGACGGGGGAAACCAGGCAAAGCGCCCAGCUGUUGCCCUAUGUCCCUCUACAACUGCGCAACGGCUAAACGCCCGGUCGAGCGAAUACCAGGAACGAAACUACUGGGGGGAGUAUGGGUGUGGCGGGCCUUCCGGAGCCCAACCUUUCUCCGUGGAACGCAUCGAUGCGAUUAAAACCUCCGUAGCGGAUGUUGCCCAUCUCGACGGACGCGCUGUCGCGGGGGGCAUCCGUUUGUGCGCGGUGGGAAGCUCUGGCGGCAUUGACUGCUUUCUGUUCAGAGGGCUGUGCACUGAGAAAGAUUCACGAAAAACUUAG